AAAAAUAUGAUUUGCUUGGAGGAGCAAAAGCAUACAUCACAAGACAUAGACUCUUUACCGAGUCCAUACGCGUUUGUUUGUUGUUUGUUUCUUCCUUUUCCUUUUUCCUUUUCCACCAAACCCUUCUUCUUCUUCUUCUUCCUCAACUCCUCCACUCACUCGAGGUGGGACUGAACGAAACGAUGACUGACAACAAUCUGAUGGAGAAAGUGAACGCUCUCAGCGAGCGACUGAAGAUCAGCGGCACGGAGGUUGGCCGUAAGAUGACCGCCGGAAUGACCUCCAUGAGCUUCAAGGUCAAGGAGUUUUUCCAAGGAGGACCAAACCAGGUCGACAAGCUCGUCGAAGACGCCACCUCCGAAGCCCUCGAUGAACCCGAUUGGGCCACCAAUCUCCACCUCUGCGACCUCAUCAACACCGAUAAGGUCAACAGCAUCGACCUCAUCCGCGCUAUCAAGAAGCGGAUCAUGGACAAAAGCCCUAGGGUUCAGUACCUCGCACUCGUCCUCCUUGAAACCUGUGUCAAGAACUGCGAGAAGGCUUUCUCUGAAGUCGCCGCCGAGAGGGUGCUCGAUGAGAUGGUCCGCCUCAUCGACGAUCCCCACACCGUCGUCAACAACCGCAACAAGGCUCUCAUCAUGAUCGAAGCUUGGGGUGAAUCCACCGGCGAGCUUCGUUAUCUUCCUGUAUUUGAAGAAACUUACAAGAGUUUGAAAUCGAGGGGGAUUCGGUUCCCUGGUCGUGACAAUGAAAGCUUGGCUCCGAUUUUCACUCCUCCGCCAUCUGUUUCUGUUCCGGAGCAGCAGCAGGAUGUGGAGCAGUUUCAGUUGGAGCAGUUUCAGCAUGAGGUUCCUGUGCUGAGUUUUACACCUGAGCAGACAAAGGAAGCAUUUGAUGUUGCCAGAAAUAGCAUUGAGCUACUUUCUACUGUGUUAUCAUCUUCACCGCAACAAGAUGUUUUGCAGGAUGAUUUGACCACCACACUUGUACAGCAGUGUCGUCGCUCCCAAUCUACUGUCCAGCGUAUUGUUGAAACUUCCGGGGACAAUGAAGCACUACUUUUUGAGGCCUUGAAUGUUAAUGAUGAGAUUCAGAAGGUCCUCGACAAGUACGAAGAGGUGAAGAAGCCUACAACUGCUCCCCUUCAACCUGAACCAGCUAUGAUACCUGUUGCCGUUGAGCCAGAUGAGUCGCCUCGACAUACUAAAGAGGAUGCCUUGAUCAGAAAGCCGGCCGGAUCAAGAACUGUUGUCCAGGGAGGGAGCAAUGAUGACAUGAUGGAUGAUCUUGAUGAGAUGAUUUUUGGGAAAAAAAGUGGCGAUGCAUCAGAUGCAGGGCAUGACACAAAGAAGCAGCAGUCUUCAAAAGAUGAUCUCAUUUCCUUCUAAACUACACUGUUAAUUGACCUUGAACUACCUUUUAAUGUCUUGCUACCUAUAAACGUAGUUGUUGAUUGUGAACUUUGUUCAGAAUUUCAGAUUGCUCGUUCAAUGAUUGUUAUUGUGCACUUUCUGUGCAAUUUAUGUUUGAGAUAUGGUAUAGAAGUUCUUGACAAGGUAUAGAUGGGAGACUUUCUGUAAAAUCAAUGGGUUUCAUUCAUAUUAUUCAGAUGACUGGGAUUCUGGUUUUUACAUAUGGAAGCACGUUUAGAACUCAA